CGAUGGUGGCGGCGCCGUGAGGGCGGCGGGAGGAGGAGGAGGAGGAAGGGAAGAAGAAGGCGGGGGGGGGGGGCGGACGGCGGCGGCGGGGCCAUGGACGAGCUCAAGCACCAGGUGAUGAUCAACCAGUUCGUGCUGGCGGCCGGCUGCGCCGCCGACCAGGCCAAGCAGCUGCUGCAGGCGGCGCACUGGCAGUUCGAGACUGCUCUCAGUGCUUUUUUUCAAGAGACAAACAUCCCCUACAGCCACCACCAUCAGAUGAUGUGCACUCCCGCCAACACGCCGGCCACGCCGCCCAACUUCCCCGACGCCCUCACCAUGUUCUCCCGCCUCAAGGCUUCCGAGAGCUUCAACAGCAGCAGCCCCGUGGCCUCCAUGGCGACCUCCCCGCCGCCCCCGGCCCCGCCGCUGCCCCAGCACGGGGCCUUCAACCCUGCCUGGCCCGCGGCCUCCCCCCCCGGCCAGCAGCAGAGCAUGUGGACUCCGGCCCCCCCGGUGCAGCCCGCGGGCUGGCCCGCCGCCGUCUCGCAGCAGGCCACGGCAGAACAGAAGGCCAACGUGACCAUGGAGGCAGAGAGAUGAGGCCGCAGCGGAGAGCGAACGUGGCGGGGACCCCUGCGUAUAAAUAUAUAUAUAUAUUUUUUUCCCCCUCCCCGAAGAGGAGAGGAACUCCGCUGCCAGAGCGUCUGGCGGCCACAGAGACACACGAGCAAAUAGCU